CCUUGCAGUCUCCACUUGGGAAGAGACACAGUUUACCUUCGCAGGUUACCCUGGGGCACCUCAACACCUAUCAUCACAUAGUCUCUGAAGACAACAUCUGAAGCAAAUCCAUCUUUCUCCAGGACCACAGACAGGUGGAACAGAGGACUUCAUCCUGAGCUACAACCCCAGACCUUUUUUUAAAAAAAAUUUUGAGAAGUGUCCUGUGUACCUGGCCUUGAAAUUCAGAUCUUCCUACCUCAGCCUCCUGAAAAGGAAUCUACAUAACCCUGUUUAAAAAGGAAUAGCUAUUGCCACUAUCCACUUAAGAUUCAUAAGCUGCCCUAACGUGUCUUGGAAUCACGGAAGAGUGUGAUCACACAUAUUUCACCAUCAGACUUGCAAGAUGGAUGUUACCAGUUUGUCCCAUGGAAGUCUACUUUCUGGGGACUCAGUCUGCAGUCAUGAAGAAGAGAUAGAGACAGAAAGGACAGUGGCUGACUCCCUGAGACAUUACCAAGAUUCAGGGACCUUUGAAGAUGUGGCUGUUGAUGGCCCCCAGGUGGAAAAACCUUUAAUGAACCCAACACGGAGAAGCAUACAUAGUGAUGGGAUGGUGAAGAACUACCAGAACGUGGCAACAGUAGGAUGUCAGACGCCCAUCAAACUCAGCCCUAUGGCUUGCUUGAAAGAAGAAUUGCUGACUGGGCAGAAGGAACUUCUUCAAGAUUUGGAAAUGCAGUUACAAACCAAAGAUUCAGCAAUUCAGCAGGAUUUUUUGACUGAACAUACUUCUGGUGGGAUACAACUGGACUCAGUGACCUUUGAGGAUGUGGCUGUGGACUUCACCAAAGAGGAGUGGACUUCAUUGGACCCAACUCAGAGAAACCUUUACAAAGAUGUGAUGCUGGAGAACUACCAGAACCUGUCUACAGUAGGACGUCAGCUGUUGAAACCCAGCCUCAUCUCUUGGUUGGAGGAAGAAGUAGAAUUGACCAUUGUGGAGCGAGGCUUUUUCCAAGAAUGGGAAAUGCACCUGAAAACCAAAGGUCCAGCCCUUGAGAAGGAUAUUUUCUGGUCAGAUAUAUCAAACGAGAUACAACAGGCAGGAAAUGACAAUGAAGGGGAGCUCUGUGACCCUAAGCAAUCUGGAAAAGUCUUCAGUGAAUAUACAGACCUUCAGGUACACGUGAGUACUCCGAAUACAGAGGACUCUUCAGAGUGUAAUCAAUAUGAAAAGGACUUUCUUCCGCUGCUGGAAAAAACCUCUCCUGAAGAGAAGUUUUCUCUUUUGAACCAGUGUGCAGAGCCUUCUACCCUGGCUCUAGAUACUUUCCACAGAACUUCUACUCACGACAAAUCCUUUGAGGGCAGUGAGUCUGGGAAAGCUUUUGUUAAUCAGUCACAGCUUCAGGGCCAUAUGAAAACUCACAGUGGAGAAAACCUCUCUGAAUUGGAGCAGUGUGGGAAAGCUUUUAGUCUCUCCACAAACAGUGAUGGGUAUGCUCAAAUGUCCACUGAGAAAAAUUUCUAUGAAUGUAAGAAAUGUGGGAAAUUCUUCACACACCCGGCUUACCUUAAUAUUCAUAUGCAGAACCACCCUGUUGAAAAACCAUAUAAAUGUCAGGAAUGUGGGAAAGCCUUCACACAGCGCUCCAGCUUAAUUGUACAUCUACGACAGCACACUCGAGAGAAGUCUUAUGAGUGCAAGGAAUGUGGGAAAGCCUUCAUUCAACCAUCACGCCUUACUGAACAUAUGAGAUGUCACACAGGAGAGAAACCCUUUCAGUGUGAUCAUUGUGGGAAUGCCUUUGCUUCUUCCUCUUAUCUUACUACACAUCUGAGAACCCACACUGGAGAGAAGCCCUUUGAGUGUAAUGUAUGUGGGAAAGCAUUUACACGUUCCUCCUACCUUCUUGGUCACAUACGAACUCACACUGGAGAGAAACCCUAUGAAUGUAAAGUAUGUGGGAAAGCCUUCAGUGGACGCUCAUGGCUCACUAUUCACUUACGAAAACAUACUGGGGAGAAGCCCUAUGCAUGUACAUUAUGUGAAAAAGCCUUCACCAGCUUUGCUCAACUUACUGAGCACACAAAAACUCAUACUGGUGAGAAGCCCUUUCAGUGUAAGGUAUGUGCAAGAACCUUUAGAAAUUCCUCAUGCCUUAAGACUCACUUUCGAAUUCACACUGGAAUAAAACCCUAUAAAUGUAACUUCUGUGGGAAGGACUUCACUGCUCGAUCAGGCCUUACUAAGCAUGUACUCAUUCACAAUGGUGAGAAACCCUAUGACUGUAAGGAGUGUGGGAAAGCAUUUAGUACAUCCUCAGCGCUUGUUGAACAUAUAAGAAUUCAUACAGGGGAGAAGCCCUUUGAAUGUUACAAAUGUGGUAAAGCCUUGGCUUAUUCCUCAUCUCUUGUUGCACAUUUGCGAUCUCACACUGGAGAGAAGCCCUUUCAGUGUAACCUGUGUGAGAAAGCAUUUUCCCGAUCCUCCUACCUUCGCAUUCACAUGCGAACUCACACUGGUGAGAAACCCUAUGAAUGUACAGAAUGUGGGAAAACCUUCCCUGAGCGCUCAUGUCUCACUAAGCAUGUAAGGACACAUACUGGGGAGAGGCCAUAUGAAUGUAAGGAGUGUGGGAAAGGUUUCACUAGCUUUGCUCAACUUACAGUACACAUAAAAACUCACAGUAGUGAGAGGCCCUUCAAAUGUAAGCUAUGCACAAAGUCUUUCAGAAAUUCUUCAUCCCUUGAGACCCACUUUCGAAUUCACACUGGAGUAAAACCUUAUAAAUGUACUUAUUGUGGGAAAGACUUUACUGCACGCUCAGGCCUUACUAUACAUUUACGAAAUCACACUGGUGAGAAGUCCUAUGCAUGUCAGGAAUGUGGGAAAGCCUUCACUACUUCCUCAGGCCUUAUUGCACAUGUACGAAGUCACAAGGGUGAGAAACCCUUUGAAUGUGACCACUGUGGGAAAGCCUUUGCGUCUUCCUCAUAUCUUAAUGUACAUCUGAAGAUUCACACUGGAGAGAAACCUUUUCAGUGCACAGUGUGUGGAAAGACAUUUACCUGUUCUUCUUACCUUCCCGUUCACAUGCGAACACAUACUGGGGAGAAGCCCUUUCAGUGUAUGAUAUGUGGGAAAUCAUUUUUAUGGUCCUCUUACCUUCGUGUUCACAUGCGAAUUCACACUGGAGAGAAGCCCUAUGUAUGUAAGUACUGUGGAAAAGCCUUUACUGAGCACUCAGGCCUUAAUAAACAUUUACGAAAACACACCGGAGAGGCACCAUAUGGAGAGACACCCACACCACUCAGAGAGACACCCACAGUGUUUGGAGAGUCACCUGUACCUUUUGGAGAGACACCUGGACCUGCGUCUUUUGGAGAGACACCUGCACCAUUUCGAGUAACACCAUAUGAGUACAAGGAAUGUGAGGAAACCUUAAAUAGUCUCGAUGCUAACAUAAACCCUUCUGACAUUAAUGAACAUGAAAACUCUGGAGAGAAAUGCUUUGUAAGGAAUUCAGAAAAUGUUUUGGGAAGUCCUUAAUCCUUAGCAAUUCAAUUCAGUCUUAAGAAAUCUUAUGAAUAUAUGCAAUGUAAACCUUCAUUUGUGGCUUGAAAGAACAUUGAGGAUGCUCCUUGAAUUUAAGGAACAUGGAUAUGUCAUUGAACUUACUUUGAAGCUAUGUAGAAUAAGAAACAUGCAAACCUUUUUGUAUUUCCUGGAGUCUUAAUAAAUAUGUGAGGAGUUCCAAUAGAGCAAA